GCUCCGGGGAGCCUCCCGUUAGCCCCUGUCCUAUCCACGCCGCAGCGACACGUCACUCCCAGCAUCCUCCGCGGACAUCAGCUCCGUCCUGCGGCCUCGGGGGAUAACGGAACCGGCGGGAAGUGGAAUAACGGGGUUGGAAGAUGGUGAGAAGUCUCCUGCGCUGUCUCCCGGAGGGGUGAUCCCAGAUGUUGAGCAGCAGCAGGAUGGGCAUUGCAUUGGCACCGAUGGGGAAAUGACAGCCCACGUGGCGGUGUCACCAGUGGUUCUGCCAUGAAGACGCUUUUCUUUGAUGCUGCAAACAACGAUCACAGCAGCGUGUGGAAAGUGGAGGCCAAGCCCCAGGAGGAGGGAGACCCAGCCCACCACAAGCUCCUGCAUGAAGCCCCCAGACUGGAUGCCCCUAACAGCGAGCAGGAAAGCCCACCCCUCCCUCGUAGGUUCACCUGCCCCCAGCUGCUCUGCGACAAGACGUUUGCAUCCAAAUACAAGCUGUGCAGGCACAUGGCCACUCACUCUAUGCAGAAAUCCCACCAGUGCUCACACUGUGGCAAAAUGUUCCACCGGAAGGACCACCUAAAGAAUCACCUGCAGACCCAUAACCCCAACCGAGUGGCUCUGCAGUGCCCGGAGUGCAGCAAAAACUACAGCACCAAAUAUGGACACCGUCGCCACCUCGCCUUACAUGCCAUAGCCAGGGGAGACCUUAGCUGUGCCAUAUGCCUUCAGGUAUUCCGAGACCGCCAGUCGGUGCUUGAGCACCUGAAGAGCCACAACCACCGGCCGUCCAUGGGCAACCGAGAGAAGAAAUACCCCUGUGAGCACUGCGAUCGCUGCUUCUACACUCGUAAGGAUGUGCGCCGCCACCUUGUGGUACACACCGGUCGCAAAGAUUUCCAGUGUCACUGCUGCGCCCAGAUGUUCGGACGCAAGGACCACCUGACGAGGCACAUGAAGAAGAGCCAUUGCGAGGAAGCCCCUCGAAUCAAGAUAGAACCUGAAGACGACUUGAGCCACAUGAGCUGCCAAUCGACAAUGGUGAAAGAAGAGUGGGGGCCAGUCAUGUGCAUGCAGCCAAGAGACAUGAUCCCCACAGGGAUGUACACGACAUCAUUUCAGCCAAUACCCAACGCUGGCCUUCCCCAGUCUUUAGUGCCAACCUCAUUGUCUUUAGGUCUUGGUUAUCCCACCGAGAGCAUGCCUGCCUUCUACACCGACCCAUCUAACAGGUUCCAGUUCACGUCUACCUCAUACCUCCCUAAAAGUGAAAUGGAUCCUUUCAUUUCUGAUGGGUCUGGGGGCCUGUCCCUCACCUCGCCUGAGCUAGCUCCAUGUACGCCACAGGCCUCAUUGGAUGAGUCUUACCUCUCCGCCUUGUGCGAUCCCUUGUCAUCCAGUGUAGACUUCAGCCAUUUCUUCAGCUUCUUGCCUGUCAGUCUCCCUCCUUGUAACCUCCCUUUACCCAACCCUGAGAUAUCCAUGGGAGAAAAUCAACAAUUCCUAACAUCUGGCGGCGGCUGUGGUGGAGAUCUGCCCAUGCCUCAUUUUACCUCAGACAUUAACCCUACGACAUUGCCUCAGUUUCACCAAGCCUUCAAGUAAACCUGGUGAGACCUUUUUCUAGAUUUUACCUCAUAUGAUAACCGGAAACAACAUCUUGGCAACUUAUUUUUUUAUUUUCUUACCAUAUUUUCAAGAUAGAUUUUUUAAUUUGUCUGUUUUUAAAGCUAUAUUCUUCGACAGAGCAUCAUACCUCAGGAUCAGAGACUGUGCCAUUCCACACUAUGUGGAAACCAGAACGAUCCCCCUAAAAUAAAAAAUGUGAAGAUGGUGGCGUGUAGGGAGGAGCAGGGAAGAUGGUGGACGACGUUCAUCAAGCACAAGACUUGCGUCUACCUGUAAGAUCUAAACAAUUGCCGCCCUCUUCCCUGGCCACCUCGUCGGAAUGGUCUUCUGAAUAAGUACCCAUUCCUGUCCUCUGUUACCGCAUACCAGUGCCAAGUCUCAUCUACCUCUUCCAGAUCAGUGCCCGUAUAGAGACAAUUCCUUGCUGAGGAGACCGGUUGGAGCUGUCUCCAAUGGGUUAGUUUUUUAAUUUUGGUGGUAGCACCAACUUGUAUUACCUCACUACGCCGUUUAUAAGCUACUCCACAGAGCCCUGCUGCCCCCCCCCCCCAGUGGGCUCUAGGAACGCCCACAGUAUUCUUUAGCAGACCCUCUUUCUGACAACUAUUUUUGAAUUUAUUUUGAUGCUUUAGAUAUUGACCAGUUGUAGAAGUGGUGGCAUCCAGUACCAGUCCUGACAAGCCUCCAUGCCCAGAUAUUGACUAGUUGUAGAAGUAGUGGCAUCCAGUACUAGUCCUGACAAGCCUCCAUUCCCAUUCUCUGUUUCAAGUAAUGUUGGACAGGCUGGUUGCUAAGGAAAUUAAAGAGCGGCUUUUACGGCAACAUCCAUAGCAACCAGACUCUCAGCCAUGACAUGGAUUGUCAUUGUGCUGCUAAGGAAGAUGAGGAAAAGCCAUUUCCAAUAGUUUGGAAAGUUUGCAGAGUCCUCCAAUUGAAACCCCAGGGUAGUUCAGUGCCUUUUAAUCAGUGACUGUGCAGGAUGGGCAGAUCGUGCACCCAGCGGAUACUUCAUGUUCGUAUGUAUAGUAUUAUAAGAACAUAUUGUGGUGUUCCAGUCCUAAAGCUCAAUUAGCGUAAAAUGAAAAGUUUUGCUACUUUCUAAUAUUCUUUUCCAAUUCUUCAUAGUUGUCAAGAUCUCUGCUUGGUAUCAGUGAAUGGUAACCUACAUGUUUACAUUCUCCUCCUGUCAAGCUGAUACAGGGGUAAGGGUAAAGCAUCGCUGAAGCACAGUAACGAGCCCUGUGGCCAUUUUUAUAUUCACUGACACGAAACAGUGAUUCUGAAAGUGGUUGGUAAGGGGGAGGCUAUGAAUCUGUCCAAAAUAAAAACGGACAAGCGGUCGCAUCUUUCACUUCUUAUGGUGCGCUGUGAUUGGUUGUUUUGGACAGGAUCAUUAAUCUCCCCCACAACGUGUUUUUAUUUUACACUGAUGAUUUAUGAGCUGCUGUUCUCUGUUAGCUGCUAAGUACCCGUCGGUGGGGCUAUGCAUUGCACACAUUCCUCAGUUGUAUGCCGGCAGCUCCAUAUAUUUGGGAAUGUAAUCAGGGGAAGCUUUGUACGAUAUCCGGCCACUUCUAGACACCAGCAGACCGGGAAUUUUGCAGAAUCUUCUACGUCAGUAUCACAUAACCUGAGGCCAUUUUCCGGGUCACUGGUGUCUGAGCGGUCCCAGUUCACCAGGUGAGUUCAGCACUUAUGCCGCUGGUACAUAGGUGUACAUGACAUGUAGUGUAUAAUGUAUAGAAGUACACCUGUCCCUUUCACAAGCUCAGUGAUGUCUGCCUAUGCUAAUCCGCAAAGACCUUGUGUACAAAAUGGCGACCAAUACUUAAACCAGAUGGCCUGUUACAGUAACCCACCCACCAUCACCUUCCCAAUGAACUACUAUAAGGAGUGGAUAGAUGAAGAGAUAGAUUCCACUGAUGUAAUUAACACCGCAGUACUAACUUUCACUGCCCCACCUUACGCUGCAACACCGAAAAUGGGCAACAAGUCCCAAAAUUCUGCUCCCCAGCACUUAUUAUAUGUACAUGGGUGGCCGUCUUUUUGUAUUCUUCAUCAGUAUUAAAGAAGCACUCCCACAAAAAUUCUUAUUCUCUGACCUGCUAGAAAGGUACAUGAUGUAAACUGUAGUGAUGGUAAUUUUCUUACCAAUGGCUGUAUUUGUUAGCUAUAACCUCCCUUCUGA